GCGGGGCCUCACGGAGGUCAGCUGACUCUGGCAGGCUGCGAUCCUGAAGCUGAGGUUCGGCUGUGGAUCCUGAUCUGAACGAACCUUUGCCAGCCUCUGAAGCCUUGCCUGUGUUCAGACACCUGCGCCUCCUCUUCUCCUUCCCUGCUGGGACUGUCUACUGCAGCCAUGGUCUGGAGGAUGCUAGGCGCCAGCAACUUUUCCACCUGCCCCAACGGCUCCAUCCAGUGGAUCUGGGAUGUGUUUGGUGAAUGUGCCCAGGAUGGCUGGGAUGAGGCCAGCGUGGGCCUGGGCUUGGUCUCCAUUCUCUGCUUCGCUGCGUCUACCUUCCCCCAAUACAUCAAGGCCUGCAGGACAGGCAACAUGGACCAGGCCCUAUCUCUGUGGUUCCUCCUGGGCUGGAUCGGUGGGGAUUCCUGCAACCUCAUUGGCUCCUUCCUUGCUGACCAGCUGCCCCUGCAGACCUACACAGCUGUGUAUUACGUCUUGGCUGACCUGAUGAUGCUGACGCUGUACUUCCAUUACAAGUUCAAGAAUCGACCUUCUGCGUUGUCUACCCCUAUCAAUUCUGUGCUCUUGUUCAUCUUGGGGACCGUGUGUAUCAUACCGCUGCUGAGCAGCACCGAUCCUGUGGCUGUGCCCAGGGAAGGCUUCCGGGGACGGACACUCCUGUCUGUGGAGCCAGGCAAUAAGCCCUUCACAAAGAAGGAGGUCGUCGGUUUUGUCAUCGGUUCCGUGUCCAGCGUGCUGUACCUGCUCUCAAGACUGCCUCAAAUCCGCACCAAUUUCCUUCGGCAGUCAACCCAAGGCAUAUCCUACUCUCUGUUUGCACUGGUGAUGCUGGGGAACACGUUGUAUGGGCUGAGCGUGCUGCUCAAAAACCCGGAGGUGGGCCAGAGCGAGGGCAGCUACCUGCUGCACCACCUGCCCUGGCUCGUGGGCAGCCUGGGUGUGCUGCUGCUCGACACCAUCAUCUCCAUCCAGUUCCUGGUAUACAGGAGCCGCGCCAUUGCCGCUGUCUCAGAGCGAGAGCCCCUCCUUCCAAGCUGACCAGUGCCCUGGCUGACGGGAACCUCAGCUGCUGCCAUCCCAGGAAGGAUGAGGUGUGGGCAGUGAUGCUGCCGUCCCUGGACUGGGCCUAGGAGGUGGCCUGGAACUCUGGUCCUGGCUGGAGUUGGUUGGAGUUGGCUUGUGCUGUGCCAGGACAUACCUCUCAGGUGUAAGACAGCUGUCUGAGGAGCCUGCAGGGGAUCCGUAGCUGAGACCCCAGAAGGUGGUGUGGCCACCUCUCAUCUACCUACCUCAAAUCUGCCUGUGGACUCCAGGCUAUGUCAUAGCCAGGGGACCAAGGGUUGUCCCUCUGACUGGACACAACCUAGUAAAUGGUACCUUCCAGCUGGGCCUGUUUCUGCUGCUCCUUCUCAUGGUGCUUAGGGUCUGGUAAGGGACCCUGGGCAAGUCCAGUCUCAUGGAGGAAUUAUGUCUAGCCUCCUCAGGGCUUUGGUUCUCUAACUUGUAUUUCUUUGCCCUCUUGUAGACAGACCCUACCCUGGCAAUGGAACAUGGCAACAAAAGGGACACAGCAGUGGGGUCCCUGUCUCUGGGGCUCAGGAAAAGGCAGAUAACUAAGGGCAGGGUUUGGUUGGACAUCUUGGCAUGGCCGCACUACUGCUCCUUGUUCCCUUGCCUGAGUUGGGCUUGGUGAAGUGGCUAGCCCAAAUUGAGGCAUACAGUCAGGUGUCUUGAACAGUCAGAACUCAGUGAAGGUCACCUUUGAGGUAGAGAAGAGGGAUAGACUGGUGCCUUCCUGAAGAAGGUAGUGACAAGAAACUGGGGUGAUGAAGGCAGAGAGGAAGGGAGAAAGACUGGUUCCAGUUCGCUUUGUUACAGCACCUUUUGGGGACAGAGGACCAGCAACCUUCCCUGUUAGCCUUAGCUUAUUCACAUACAUUAUUGUAGGUCCAGAGAGCCAGAUGCAGGGCCAGGGGUCACCUGACAGAGACAGACAGAGGGCAUCCAUCUCUGAGUGCUUCUCUGCCCACAGCUACGGAGAGAGGGCCCUGGCAUAGUGUUCCCAACCCACUGCUGGCUUCAGGUGCUCUUUGCAGCUGGAUAUCUGGCUCUGUCCCAUCCUGGGACCUGGCUCUAUGCUAGUUUCCUAGACCCUUCCAAAUCUGAAGAUCUGGGACCUCAGUGAGGCCCAUGACCCCAAGUGCAGGUCUGACCCGAAGCUGCCUGGGCAGGAGGACGUGAAUGACAGGUGUGUCUGAGAAGCCCUCACUGUCGCUCCAGGAGGGGAGACACCCCUUGAUGGGAGACAGGCUUUGCCCAUGGGGGAACGCCUGGCUGACAGACGAAGCAGCCCUUUACUCGGGAAGCGCCAGACUGCAGCUUCUCUGAACCUUGAUCCCACCUCUCUUAGGCUCCAGGACUCCAAGUAGGAGUCACGGUAGGGGCCUUGGAGGACCUGCUAGGCUGCUUAUUUAUAGGUGAGUGUUUCAUGGGCUCCAGGAUCUCAAGCCUGUCUCAGCCACCGUGAGCCUUGUGACUUGGGCCAGCUCCCUGAGCCUGUUUCCCUCCCAUAACACCAAAAACAGUGUUAAUUUCCUCAGAAUCUAGUUGUGCUGAAUACGUAAGGUGCACUUUUGGGUUUAUGUCCCAGCAUCUGGAACAUGGGUGAGGAAAUGGUGACUAUAUUAGCAUCACCAUCCAAAGGAGGUUUAGCCAUCUGGUACCCCCUUGGGAAUAGGCAGCUUGACUGAUAGGACCCUGCUGUGAUGACGGCCCCAUUGCUGCUGUGGACCAGAAACGCCCCAGCUGGCUUUGCCAUCCUCUCCCUGGUUCACACCUCUCACUUUUGCAGGUCAAGGAGUGAAGUAGUGGAUAUUCAUCCUGAUGCAGCCUGAGUACAGCAGGCCCCUCAGGUCUUUCCUCAGCCUCGAGUGUGGAGGCAUUUUGGCUGUCGUCCAGGCUCAGCCACAAAAAUGCAAGUAUUCCUGCCAGGAGUGCCUCGAUCAAGUCACUCAGGGAGGAGUGAGGAGGAGGCAGGGCCAUGUGUCUACCAAGGCUCUUCUAUAGUGAGUCAGAUAGGAUGUGUGUGUGUGUGUGUGUGUGUGUGUGUGUGUGUGUGUGUGUGUGUGUGUAAUUUUUAAAAUUUUUAUUUAUUUUGAGACAGGGUCUUACUGUAGCUCACGUCUGCCCGGAACCCGUAGCCUUCCUUCUCUGCUUCCGGAGUACAGGGAUUACAGGUAUAUGUCGUCAUUCGUGACUUCUGUGAGAUGCCCUGUAGGAAAGCCCCUCUCAUGGUACCCUCUGCUCUGUUCACAAGGCUUCACCUUCUCUAAGUCUCAAGAGAUACGCAAGAGAAACUGGAGGCAGAAGGGCUGUGCCUAGCCACCCUGCCCUUUGCCCUUGACCCCAGGCCUUCUCAGCUAGGAUUCUCAUUGUUAUUUAUCAAGCCUGGGGAUUUUUUUUCCCUCUCUCUCAUUACAACUAGGACAGUAUGGCCUCCAGAUCUUCUCUUCUCCAGGAGGGGGAGCAGUCCCAAAUCACCCUUCAGCACCCCUUCUGUCUGAAUCAGCUUUAAGGCUUCCAGGGUAUUCUAGUGGGUAUGCACUGUAACAGGAAGCUUGAAGUGGCCACCUCACAGCAGGGCCUGCCUUCCCCGUGGGUUCCCUGGGCUCAAAAUGGCUAAGUUCCCAGCCUGUCUCCCAGCCCUACCCAGCAGCUAUGAGGACACAGACACCCCCUACCUCCCCACUCCAGUCAGACAGCUGGGCAAAGAGCACCUGUCUGUACACCACUGUGUCCACAGGACACAGCAGAUGCUCAGAAAGGACCAGAGACCCUGUCUGUCCAGAGGCUCUGGCAGUGGGGGAGACAGGCAUGUCGCUUGCAAGGACAGAUCCUCUCUACAGGGUAGCGUGUGAGUCAGAGCUUGAGAAAACUGUUUGGAAAGGUGUCAGGCUACCUACGCAAUAUUAACAUCUCGAGUGAGGUGUCUGAGGUAACAAGACCAUAGCUACACGUGCAGCAUUUCUGGCGCAUGUACAACCCAGAGUAACGCAGAGGCUGACUGUGUAGAAGGGGCCGAGCUGCUGAAGAAAGACCGCACUUGCUGGGCAGCUCAAAGGGAUACAUCUGUGAGGGCCUGCCUCUCAUCCCGUAGCACGUUUGUCGAGCUCAUGUUCCUGACUGAAAAGUUUCAUAGGAGACUGUGUCUACAAAGAGACAUUCUAGACGACACAGAGGAAUCCACGUAGGGGCUUGGAGCGCAGCUCAGUUGGGAGAAGGCUUGUCUAGUGUGCGUGAGGUUUUGGUUCAAUCCCCAGGAUGAUACAAAAUGAUCUGGUGGCGUACACCUGUAAUCCCAGCACUCAGGAGGCAGAGACAGGUAGAUCAGGAGUUCAAAGCCAUCCUUAACUGAAAAACCUAGAAAUACCAAGUUUCAGAUAAGACACCAAAACAUAGCAAUGUAAAUAGAUUUCAAAGUUUUGUGAAUUUAUAUGUGUAUAUUUUGAAUUUUAUGGUUUUAAAAAAUAAUUAUUGGAAAUCAAGCUUGGUCAGAGCUGGAGACAUGGCUCAGUGGUUAAGAGCACAUCCUGUUCUUUUAGAGGACCAGAGUUCGAGUCUCAGCACCCACAUUAGGCAGCUCACAACUGCCUGUAUCUGCAGUUCCAGGUGAUGAUACUCUUGGACUGCCCCUCCCAAAUAAGUAAUAAAAUUUAAAAGAAAAAGAAAAGAAAACCAAGCUUGGUGACAUAGGUCUUUGAUCUUAGCACUAAGGAGGAUGCUGCAGGAAGAUCGUACAUUGAAACAUAGUUUGGGCUACAAAGCAAGUAAAAGGCCAGCCUGGGCAUCUUAUGGACUCUUUGUCAAAGUUUAAAAACAGUAGAAUAGAAUAGAAUAAGGGAAACACAAAUUAAAACCUAACUGUAAAGCAAGAAAAAAAAAUAGCACCCACUAAUUUGUUCUGGGGAACUACAUCUCUCAGGCUGACCUUGAACUCUGUGGGUAGCCAAGAAUGAUCCUCCUGCCUCCACCUCCCAGGUGCUGGACCCCAGGGUUGCACCACCACACCCGGCUCUGUGAUCUGUCUUGGAGUAUCUUGACUGUAGAGGAUUCUACCCUUUAAGGAGCAAGCUCAGCCAGUCAUUGAGUGACCUCCAGUGACUCAUGCUACACUGCACAGACAGCCCCGGGUCCCAAAGAGACACACCCCAACUGUAAAGCUUGUCCCUCAGUAGAAUGAUGUGUCUUCCUAGCCUGCAAGUAACCCUACACAGGUGUCACAUCCAUUGAGACCUAAGCAACUUGCCUGAUGUAGUGGCACAGGCCCUUUAAUUCCAGCACUUGGGAGGCAGAGGCAGGCAGAUCUCUAUGUGUUCAAGGCCAGCCUGGUCUACAGAGUGAGUGCCAGGCUAGCCAGGGCUGCAUAGUGAGACUCUUGUCUCGAAAAACAAAACAAGACCCAAACAGCUGUACAUUGACAUUAAACUGCCAGCAUGCAUAGAAGACCCCCAUGACAGGAGCCUGUGGGAUGCCUCCUACAGCUCUCUGCUGUCUUGUCUGUUACCACUGUACCAGUGUAUCUAUCGAAUAAACUCUCCUACCCUUU